AUGGAGAUUCACCCGGAUUUCAACAUACCAUGGUGCAAAGCUCUUCUUGAGAAGAACGUAAUAGACAUGGAGAUUCCCACCCAGCGUCGACUUGAACCUGAUGAUGAAACCUCCAACAGCAUGUUCCAGCAAACCCUCUACACUCCAUCCGCCAUUCGUGCGCAGAUCAAUUUCAGGCGGCCAGCACUCGAAUCCGACUCCAUUACCUCCUGGGAAAUUUGCAACUUACUGUCCCUCGGCACGGGAGUCGACGGCAAGACAGGUCGAGCACACGGAGGAUUUAACGCCCUAGUAUUGGACCAGAUAACAGGCAUGACAGCCGCCGCGAUAUCAGGUGCUGCGGCCCCGGCGACGGCGACCAUGACAGUGGACUAUAAGGCGCCGAUCAAUACGCCGGGUGUCGUGCUCUGUCGUUGCUGGGCGGUGGAAAAGCAGGGAAGGAAGACGUGGCUGAAGGGGAGGAUCGAAGACGGAGAAGGAAAGUUGCUCGCGAGCGCGAAGGCGUUGUUCAUUGACCCCAAACCAGCGAAAUUAUAG